ACUUUUGAUUGGUUUUGAGCUAAAAUUUGAAAAAUAACACGAGAUCUGAGGAAUUUUAUCAAUUUAACAGUUUUUUGAGUUUUUUAAUUUUAAUGCUUCAUAAUAAUUGGAUUUUUCAUUUAAUACAAAUUUAUCGUUGAAGUUGUGAACGCAAAGUAGAGCUCUACGAAGUUCGGCACGGCGUUAAUUCCAUCGUUAGAACAUCAGAUAUCAAUUUAAAUCCAUCGCCAUGAAUAAUAUCACGUUCAAACGCAAAGGACGAAAGAGUAUGCUGGGCACCAGACAAUUCAAACCUCCACCAAUUGAAACCAUAACUGAGAAAUCGCCUAUGGAAGAAAACGAAUUACCCCAACCACCGAAACCCGUAAUAACAAAAGAACCGGUAAAAGAAUCAGUAACUGUUAAACAAGUCAAGGAAGUAGUAAUUGAAAAACAAGUGGAAAAAGUACUUAUUGAGAAACAAGUCGAAGACGUAGUAAUCGAUGAACCGGAACCGGUAGAGGAAGACGGAUUGAUAAUCAAAACUACUACGCGAAAAACCCUCGUUUGUACCCUCUUUCCAGCUGACGAUAGUUUCGAAGCAAACGAGACCAUGUUAGCUAAUACUAGUUUUAACGAAACUGUUCUGGCGACUACGCUUCUAGGAUCUGCUAAAAAAUCAGAAGAUAGUGUACUUGCUGAAAGAAAUAAAGAGUUAACGCCACCUAAAAAGAAAGAAGACGAGACUUUGCAGCAAAUACUCGAUACUGUUACGCUGUUACUAAAGAAAAACGAAGAUGCUAUGGAAAAUAAUAGAAAAGAAAGAGAGAUUUUGCUCGAAACGAAGAAACGCCUGAUGGAUAAAAUACAACAAUAGCGUUUACUUGUUUUCUGUCUAGUAGUUUAAUAUGUUUGUGUAAUUUUCUUAUUAUUGUUUUUGUGAUUAUCGUUCAAUGAAUGAGAAAUGUGUGAUUUUUUUUCGAAAUGUUUAUAAAAUGUUGAAGGAGAGAGAUACUCAGUUUUCACUUGUAAUUAUGUUUUAAGGGAAAAAAUAGCUCCGUAUGGAAUAUUUUUUAUUAUGUAUAGUACUUGCUCAUUUUUUCUUUGGAGCGGUUUCAGAAGUUUCGAAUAUGAACCGAGAAUUUGUAGGUGUUUUUAAGUAAGAAAUUUCUUCACUUGACUAUUUCACUUGUGAAAGUUACUAUUAUAUUAUUGUGAAAGUCUCAUUGGUAAGGAUGAGGAAAUCAUGAAAUUUCCAGGUUUUCUAAAAAUUUUGAAAUCACUCGAGUGAACCCGAAAGGUCGAAGUUGCGUACAAAAUAAUUGUGAUUAUUUUUAUGUUUUACUUUUGUAUUUUUUUAAUUUAAUUUUUUUUUCAUUCUCUCAAUAGGAAAUAUUGGCUGUAAAACCAUAAAUAGGUUAUCGUUGAAAUUUUUACAUUUUUUUACAUGUCGAUUGCAUUUUUAUUGAUAAUUACAGAUGUGACUUCGUGCAUUUUUGAAUUAAAAAUAAUAUUUAAUACGUUUCUUUUGGUUUGAUAAAUGUUUAAAACUGUUGAAAAUAAUGUUACGAUGGAACAAAUGAAAAACUUGAUGAUCUUGUAGUCUUAUCGAGUAAUGGUAAUAUACUUUUCAAAUCUUUUUU